GGCCCAGAUACCAAAAAGACUUCUGCUUAUACCGACUUUUCCAUACUGGAAAUACAUGCGGUCUGCUCUUUCAAGCGAAAGCGCCGAUGUUAGAACCCAGAAUAUUGUCCUUCCAGUAUUAGCCAGAUCGCCAAAUGGCGUGUACCUUCGGCCAUAUAGAGGGGGGUGGACCGUUUGCGUUGCUGGCCCAGCAGCUAUAAAAUCUUUGUUCAUUCAUAAAGGAGUCAAGAGUACUCAUUUAUCAGUUUACGAUCAGCCGAUUUUCCGAAGCACGAAAGCUUUUCCAUGCAAAGCGAAUCGCUUCUCAACAAAUUUAUAGGCAUGGAAAACAUUGUUGCG